GUGGGUGACGUGACCCAGCGAAUUUUUUGACAAAAAAAAGAAUAAAAAAAAGAAAUUUCGCCCAAAGCAGACUACAGACCCGUAUUUCGCCCAAAACUAUUCCCCUUAGCGCCGCCCAGCCUCUGAGAGCCACCUCACGUCCUCACCGUUACCGAGUUACCGGGACCAGCCGCACCACUGUCCGCGGCUCACCUCACCGGCGGCAGCCGUCCAGUACAGCAGUACUCCGUUUCGAUCCGCGGCUCACCUCAAUUGCUUAACUCCUCAACUCCUCAAGUAAGCGAGCCCAGCCACUCAGCCAUAGCAGCCUCCCCGGCCGGCGGCCACCCACCUAUACGCGUCACGCUUUCCCAGCCGGACUCCGACAACCGCCUGGCCGCCCACCUCACGACUCACGAGUCACCAUUCACCAAUCUUGAGCGAGCCCCCCUUCUCCGAGACAUUCAUUACCAGAAACCAAAACAAAUUUGGUGACUUCGCAUAUAUUCAUCAUCUAAUGGCAAUUUCUCAAGCAAUUUCUUCAACAUCUUCAUCCUUUUUCCGCAAGAAUGAUUUGGGACUCUCUGCUUUGUCUUCCUCUUCCUCGAAUUGCUCCCAAUUUGCAGCUUCAAAAUACAGGAAGAUGAAGUCUAAGAAGAUAGUUUCAGUCAUGGCUCCACAACAAACUCAGAGAAACCCUUCUACAACGGGCUCGGUGAAAAAUGCAAUGACAAUGACGGAGAAGAUAUUGGCUAGGGCUUCAGAGAAACCCCAGUUAGUCCCAGGUGAUAAUGUGUGGGUUAAUGUUGAUGUAUUGAUGACCCAUGAUGUUUGUGGACCUGGCUCCAUUGGUAUCUUUAAGAAGGAAUUUGGAAAGAAUGCCAAGGUCUGGGACCGUGAAAAGGUUGUCAUUAUUCCCGAUCACUAUAUUUUUACAAAAGAUGAACGGGCCAACAGGAAUGUUGAUAUCUUGAGAGACUUCGUGAAGGAGCAAAAUAUAAAAUAUUUCUAUGAUAUAACUGAUCGUUCCGACUUUAAGGUUAAUCCUGACUACAAAGGUGUAUGCCAUGUCGCUCUUGCACAAGAGGGUCAUUGUAGACCUGGAGAGGUCUUGUUAGGGACCGACUCUCAUACAUGUAAUGCCGGAGCAUUUGGCCAAUUUGCCUCUGGAAUUGGCAAUACUGAUGCUGGUUUCGUUUUGGGCACUGGUAAAAUAUUGUUAAAGGUUCCUCCAACUCUUCGAUUUGUAAUGGAUGGAGAAAUGCCUGAUUAUUUGCUUGCGAAGGAUUUGAUCCUACAAAUCAUUGGUGAAAUAUCAGUGGCAGGUGCAACAUAUAAAUCGAUGGAAUUUGUUGGAUCCACUGUUGAAAGUUUGACUAUGGAAGAUAGAAUGACCCUUUGCAAUAUGGUUGUUGAAGCUGGAGGAAAGAAUGGCGUUGUUCCUGUUGAUAGUACCACACACAAAUAUCUUGAGGACAAGACUUCUAUUCCAUAUGAACCUGUUUACAGUGAUGAUCAAGCGAGAUUCAUGUCUGAGUAUCGGUUUGAUGUCUCAAAGCUAGAACCUCUUGUUGCAAAGCCUCACUCUCCUGACAACCGUGCUUUAGCAAGAGAGUGUAAAGAUGUCAAAAUUGACAGAGUAUAUAUUGGUUCCUGUACCGGUGGGAAGACAGAAGAUUUUCUAGCCGCAGCCAAAAUCUUUAUGGCCUCUGGGAAAAAGGUCAAAGUCCCCACUUUCUUAGUACCUGCCACCCAGAAGGUCUGGGUGGAUGUGUACACUCUUCCAGUGCCUGGUUCUGGUGGUAAGACAUGUGCUCAGAUAUUUGAAGAAGCUGGGUGUGAUACACCAGGCAGUCCAGGUUGUGGAGCUUGCCUUGGUGGCCCUAGAGACACUUAUGCACGAAUGAAUGAGGCACAGGUUUGCGUGUCAACAACAAAUAGGAACUUCCCCGGGAGAAUGGGAAACAAGGAAGGGCAGAUAUAUCUAGCAUCUCCAUACACCGCGGCUGCAUCCGCGUUGACCGGUUUUGUUACUGACCCAAGAGAGUUCUUGUAGUGUCAUUCAUACAUUUAUCCACCUUCUGUUGUUGCUCAAGUCUUGAAUCUUAAUUUCUAAAUUAAUCAUGUCUUUUUUUUGAAGUGAAUGUAUUUGACAUUUUAGAUAUCACCUAUUGUGUUUACUUCUCCAGAAUUUAUAGGCUUGAUUUACUCGUUUGAA